UUGCAACACCGCUCAACAUGUCCAAGCUCCUCACUCUGAGCAAGGCGCUGCCCGUCCUCGCCGUGGGCGCCCUGGCUGUCGACUUUCCCACCCUUCCUGAGGACCUGACCACUCCGUACCAGCAGCGCCUGGCCAUCUAUGGUCCUAAUGAGGUCUCCGUGGGUUGGAACACCUAUGAGCAGCUGAACCAGAGCUGUGUCCAGUAUGGCACUUCGAGUAACAACCUCGACUCGGAGGCCUGCUCGACCAAGUCGACCACCUACUCGACCUCUCGGACCUACUCCAAUGUCGUGACCCUGACCGGGCUUACUCCCGCCACCACGUACUACUACAAGAUCGUGUCGGGCAACUCCAGCGUGGAGCAGUUUCUGAGCCCGCGCACGCCUGGUGAUACCACGCCGUUCAACAUGGAUGUGGUGAUCGAUUUGGGAGUGUACGGCACCGACGGCUACACCUUGUCGUCCCGCAAGGCGAAGAAGUCGGAUAUCCCUCACGUCGAACCCGACCUCAACCACACCACCAUCGGCCGCCUGGCGGACACGAUCAACGACUAUGAGCUAAUCAUCCAUCCUGGUGACUUUGCCUACGCCGAUGACUGGUACCUGAACCUCGACAACUUGCUCUCUGGGUCCGAAGCCUACCAAUCCAUCCUGGAGCGCUUCUACGACCAACUGGCCCCCAUCGCCGGUAACCGACUCUACAUGCCCAGCCCCGGAAACCACGAAGCCGACUGCACUGAGAUCCCCUACACCUCCGGCCUCUGCCCCGAAGGCCAGCGCAACUUCACCGACUUCCUGCACCGCUUCGAGGGCACCGUGCCGACGGCCUUCCCCUCCCAGUCCACCAACACCACCGCCCAGGAACUCGCUGAAACGGCGCGCAGUCUCGCCGUGCCGCCCUUCUGGUACUCCUUCGAGUACGGCAUGGUGCACGUCGUGAUGAUCGACACCGAGACCGACUUCAAGGAUGCCCCUGACGGCACGGAUGGCUCCGCGGACCUGAACACCGGUCCGUUCGGUGGUCGCGACCAGCAGCUGGACUUCCUCGAAGCGGACCUGGCCAGCGUGGACCGGACCGUGACCCCCUGGGUGGUAGUGGCGGGUCACCGACCCUGGUACACGACCGGCGACGGCAACGCCUGCGAUGUUUGCCAGGAGGCAUUCGAGAGUGUGUUCUACAAAUAUGGCGUCGACCUAGGUGUCUUCGGCCACGUCCACAACUCGCAGCGCUUCCAGCCCGUCUUCAACGGCACCGCCGACGCCAACGGUCUCAACAACCCCAAGGCGCCCAUGUACAUUGUCGCGGGCGGUGCCGGUAACAUUGAGGGAUUGAGCUCCGUGGGCACCGAGCCUUCGUACACGGCGUUUGCCUAUGCGGAUGACUACAGCUACGCUACUCUUCGGUUCCUCAACGAGACCUCCCUGCAGGUGGACUUUAUCCGUUCCACCACGGGUGAGACCCUCGACUCGAGUGUGUUGUACAAGGACCACACCACCCAGUUUGUUGUUCAGUAGAUGCAUGUGAAGUGGAUGG